UAAUAAUAAGAAGAAGAAGAAGAAGAAGAAGAAGAAGAAGAAGAAGAAGAAAAGAAAAAUACGAUAAAUCUUACGAGGAUAAAUUAUCGUAGUAUUGAGAGUAUUAGAAAAAUGGAAGCUAGUUAUUAUUAUUAUUACGGGGAUCGUACUUCCAUGAGUAAACGAUUAUGCACGAAGUUUCAUGAGAGGAGACGCGAAAGGUCGAGGAUCGAGAGAAGUGAAAAGAAGAAGAGAGCUUUCACCUUAGAUCGGAUCGAUGAUAAAAGAGAGUUCGCGAUGCCUGCUGAACUGAGAGACUUCGAUGGUGAACGGCUGGCGUGUGAAUGCACACCUCCGAAAUCUUCGGUUCUAAAGAGUGAUGACGCGUACGCGGGUGAUGACAACAAUGAUUUCAACAUUUCUUCAUCAUCAUCAUCAUUAUCAUCAUCAUCAUCAUCAACAACAUUAGCAUCGUCUUCUAAUUCUUCUUCUAUUACUUCUAAUGAAUCGUUUUCAUCGGUUCGUCGUAUAAAGAAGAAAAGUAGUUUGCCGAUUUAUAUUCUACCAAGGAUGGCCAUACUGUUUGUCUUAUUCGUUUGCGUUCUCAUGCAGGAUGGAAAGUCAACCUAUGCUGCCUUUACUACCGUUACCACUACACGAGAUCCUGAGUUUAUCUCUCAAAUAGGAAAUGUCACGGUACCUGCAGGACGAAACGUUAAACUGGCAUGUAGUGUAAAGGAUUUGGGUCCGUUCAAGGUGGCCUGGAUGCUCUUCGACAAGAGCGCCAUUCUGACGGUACAAAAUCACGUUAUUACCAGGAACCCCAGAAUAUCUGUGUCACACGACGAGCACACAACCUGGUACCUACAUAUCAAUAACGUGCACCAGGAUGACAAGGGAAAGUACAUGUGCCAGAUUAAUACGGCCGCGGCGAAGACGCAAUAUGGAUAUCUACAUGUCGUUGUUCCACCAAACAUUGACGAUUCGCAGAGUUCCUCAGACGCGAUUGUAAGGGAAGGUGCAAACGUGACUCUGACGUGCAAAGCAACUGGAAGCCCAACACCCAGCAUCCGUUGGAAAAGAGAUGACAAUUCCAAGAUCACGAUCAAUAAGAGUCUCUCCGUGCUCGAGUGGGAUGGCGAAACGCUAGAAAUGGAGCGCAUUUCUCGACUAGACAUGGGCGCCUAUCUCUGCAUCGCCUUCAAUGGUAUUCCGCCUACGGUCAGCAAACAGAUCAAGGUGUCCGUUGAUUUUCCCCCUAUGCUCUCGAUACCACACCAAUUGGUUGGCGCGCCCUUAGGUUAUUCCGUCAAGUUGGAAUGUUAUACCGAAGCUCAUCCAACUUCUUUAAAUUAUUGGACCAGGGAGGACAAACACAUGAUUCACGAUAGCAGUAAAUACAAGGUCGUUUCUACUCCUGAGGUGCCAUCAUACAAGACUCAUAUGACACUAGAAAUUUACGACAUUCAGAUGGAAGAUUACGGUGCAUACAAGUGCGUGGCAAAAAAUCCACGUGGCAAUACAGAUGGCGUCAUACGGCUGUACAUGUUCGUAGAAUCUCCGCCACCGAGUACCAGUCCGAGUCCAUCGACUACGGAAAUAUCUAGAAAAGAUUGGGAGCCGAUAACAGAGCUGAACAAUUCCGUUUAUGCUAAUCCAAACUCGCUGAUGAUUCACAACGAAAAGAGUAUGAAAACGAAAAAUAAGUUUCAGUCAAACUUAAACGAGAUCGGAAAGUCGGAACAAAAGUCAAACGACCUGGACAGGAAAAGGAAUUACGAUUGGCCCACCGACAACAACGAUGCUGCCGUGUGCAUUACGACGACAGGUGCAGCGAUAGCACUGACAAUGAGCCUAAUUAUGACGACGAUCAUUCGAUAAGUGUCGAAACUACGAAUGGGACAAUCGUCGUCCGCUUAUUCUGUAAUUAUGGACUACGUUAAUAAUAAACGAAACAAACAAUUAAAUAAUAACAAGGAGAAAGAAGAAAAACACAUAGCCACGUAUAUGCGCGAGAUUAGAAACCCGAAAAACAUGCACAUUACACGUACACAGCGUAUACAAACACGUACACGAAGAAAAAAAGGCAUAAAGACUGACCGUGUAGUUAGUGUCGUAUUAAAAACAAAAAAGAAAAAAAUAAUAAAAAACAAACCCUAA